UUAAAUACCAGUUCAGCUUCUUCCCAGAGCAAACAAGACUCGACAUCUCGGUUUCACAAGGCCAGCGCGUUCUUAUGUAUGUAAAUAUUACUUGAAACAAAACAACAUCUGGCCUAGUUCAGAUCGCUGUCGGCCGGCAAAUACCAAAAGUACAACAUCAGUUGGCUGUCUUCGUGUAAUAAUAACGAGGAGAAAAUCCAGACGUUGCGACAAAGAACAAAGAAUGUGGAUACAUACAUAAUGUAUAAUGCGAUGAGGAACUGGGACGCAUUUUGAGUGAUUUCUUUCGAUUGUGGAAUGAGUCGUUGAACUUUCCGAGAGACAAAAAAAUGUAUCCGACAUGCAAUAGCGAAAAUCAGGUUUAUAGACGGGAAAUAGUUGUUCGAGCUUCAUGUAGAAUAAUAAAUACUAAGUACACUGUACAUCAAGGAGGAUAUCAUUUAUAAAAACUGGGAGGACAAGACUCGAUGGCAAUCAGAUUGACAGUGAAUUUUGUGCCAUCCGGACCCAGUCUAAAUACAGUGAAGUGCUGCAGUGCCCAAGAAAAAAUGAACUGGGAAAUUAAUAUUUUUUUCAUUUGUUUCCUGCUGACGACAUUCUCUGGUACCGCAGAUGGGCGCAACAAUCGAGUCACAAUAAUCAGGAUGGUGACAACUACGACAAUAAACACGAGUACAAGGACGACAGGUACCGUCUGCUUUAAGAUUACCUCGAACCCAGGUGAUCCUCCGGUCACGUCGUGCCGCAAACGUCGACAGUUCUGGAUCGAAGAUCCCAUUUUCUUCUCAGCGCCGGAAGAGCAGCAACUGCUGGCUCAAUUUCACAUCCAGCCGACCGAAAUUCUCCAGGUUAAACCGACUGCGGUGCCAGGUUUCAAGAGCAGCUUCCAACAUCCGGAAUUGGACGAUAAUUACGAUUCCGGCUCACUAAUCAAUUUGGCACCGUCCCAAUCCCUAGAGUCUUCCUUUUACCUGUCUGAAAGUGAUUUGGAUUACGACCACAGGGUCUACUAUCCUCCACCGCCGCUAUUUCUCCGCCGAGUCUGGAAUUACGUCUCCGACGACAUGUACCGAUGGUUCGGCAAUCUCGGCACCAGCAGCACUACGAGAAGGACCAGGAGCACCGUCACCUUCACCAGGAUCAAGACACUGACGGAAAACGAGGUGACCACCAAGACCAACACGAUCGCCAUUUCCGGAUGCACUAUCAGUCCGCUGCCCUUUGAUAUCUGUAUCUAGAAUGAAUUUCUCUUUAUUAACAGUCACCUCAUUAUUAACGAUCUAAAAAUUAAUUGGCCUGAAUUAAAUUAAACUAAAAUAUAUAUUCACUAUCGAAUUGUUUCCUGUCAAAUGUCUAAUAAUACAGCUAAUCGCUA